GCUUAGGUCUACGUGGGCAGGUAUCAACAAAACGGUGCAGAAACAGUACGACGAGAUGUGUGUACUCAUGGGAGAGGAUAACAACUUUACAGCGCUUCGCGAAGCAUACAGCAACGCACGCGCACAUGUGUCAGGGACUAUCACGCACACACAAACGCUCACAGAUACAAACACGUCUCCUACGUACGCGCCGGAUGUGGCGACUACUACACCUAUGUCCCUGUGUGUCAGCAUGGGUAUGAGCAUCCAGGAAAAUGUAUUGCCUAACAAAGGUUCAUCCUCAAAGUUAUCUGCACAGACUGACACACACGCACACACACUAUCACAGCCCUAUACGCAAUCACAAGCACACACACGCACACACACACACACGCGCGCGCCCAUACCCUCCACCAUGGUCACGCCCAGUAUUGGUAACAUAAGUGCCGAUGUGGCCAUCUGCACCGGAAGGUGUACCAAGAACAGUAGUACCAUGAACAAGCGAAAUAGCACCCCAGCCGCCUCAGCCAGCCCAACCACCACAACCACCCCUACGUCUCCCAUGCGAUCAUGCUCGCCGAACGGGUCACGUUCAGGGUCACCAACACACACCCAAACACAUAUAUCCAAGCAUUCUCCGUCACGUGGGCGUGCAUCCAGCCCAACGUACACGCCUGCGCACUCUCAGCGAGAAAGGAGACGGCUACGCGGCAGUAGUAGCAGUGGCACAAGCACGACGCGCAUGGAGAGUGUAUCGAAAAGCCCCGUGAGAGGGAGUUCCGGGGGUGCGGGGGAGUGGUCUACGGGGGGCGGUGAUAUGGGGUAUGGAGAAGGUGGAAGUAGUAGAGGUAGUCAUAUGGGUUAUUUGGAAUACCCAGAAGAGGAUACGGAGAGACGCUCAUUGCUACACACGUUGACACAUCUGAACACGAUCGACAGUGUGGGGUGUGAGAGUGGGAGUGUUGGUGGUUGCCAUGUUAACGAUGGGUUGGGCACUGGCACGCCCACACCGACGAUGACACCCGUGCUGACACCGACACGUCCGCUGAGUGUGAAUAUGAAUGCAUCUGCGAGUGUAGAGGUUGAUCUGUGUAUACCUACACACAUACACACUCGCGCAGAUACGAAUACACCACCACCACCUACAGAUGUAGAAACUCACACACAAACACACGAAGCUUCACUCGGUGUAUCGGAUGCAGGUGCAACCGAUGAAAGACCCGCAAGCAGCACCGUAGCACACACACCCAACGACGAUACAGAUAACGCACCUGAAAGCCUGAUGGGGGGCGGAAAAGGUAUUGUAACUGGCGACAGCGAAGAUGUCAGUGCGUGUGCUGAACCUCCAUCGAAGGGCCGUAGCCGUACUAAGGCAGGCCCAGACACUCUGGUGCCGAGAGCGAUACCUUUCUUGGGCAUGUUUUUGACGGAUCUGAUAUAUGCGGAUGUGGCGCUGGCGGACAACAAGGAGGAGCGAGACAAGCAGACCAUCGAGAUCAUCGAACGUAGUGGCGUGGGGGCGCAAGUGGUUGAGAAGGAAGCACGUAUGCGUGCACGGGCCCAAGCAGCGCGGCUGACCCAGGCCAACAGCACGGAUAUAGGGGACGUUUUGGGGGCAUCUAAGAGUGAAGAGGUUGGGGUACAUGAGGCGGAGUGUACCAUCUACGAGGCAAUGCACACGCACGGUACGAGUGUGUACUCUAGCACUACCACCAGUCUGUGUACCGUGGGGACCAAUAGCAUAGACAGCCUGUGUACCGGAAUGGGAUUGGGAGUGGAUAUCGGGACGGGCGUAGGAGGGGUUGAUAAACCCUCCAGGCAAGACUUCAGCAUGUCUAUGGACGAUACCCUGUUAGACAGCAACGCUAGCGGGGCCAGUCACCACAAGUAUUCGGGUGUACAUGCAAACAGCACGUACAGUCGCGGUGCUUCUGCAAGCACAGAUGCAUUGGGUGUUGCGCUCGGUGAGCAUCGCAAGUCAAUUCGGACCCACUCGGAUGUGCCCUCGCGCAAACGGGAGGGGGUGUCCCAUGCACUCGAAGCAUUCAAUGACAGUCUGGGGGACAGCCUCGUAUAUGGCCACGAGGGCAAAUCUCGAGCCGCGAAGACAGACACAAAGCUCAAUAUACCUACUACCAGGGUGCGUGCAUGGUCAAAUGGAAUAUGGUACAAGGCAAAGGAGCCUUCAUGGGAAGCAGUCAAUGCCCAGCCCAGAACGCGUACACCUGUGUCUGAGAAGAAGGACUUGGGUGCACAGACAGGUGCAAAUAGCAGCCGCCCUACAGCGAGGGUGAAGCAAGGGGGUAGGAAGGCUACCAGCAGUGCACAUUUGAGACCCAUUGUGGGCCUGUCCAGUUAUAUGCAAGGGCUGUCAAGAUUCACAGUGUUGAUGGAUGAGCGAGAGGCGUAUAACCUGUCCCUGCGAUGCGAGCCGAAGGCUGACCGCACGCAUAGGCCUGAGCAGCAGUGGAAGGUGAUCGAUCCAAAACUGUUCGACACUGACUCACUCCAUGGGAGCACGCCGGAUACGAUACUCAAAGCACUAAACAUAUUCGAUGAGAGGCUCGACCGUUUGCAUAUGCGCUUGCAAAGCAAGACCCCUCCCACGUUCGAAGAUGUAGCUCUCGCCACGUUUGAUAUCAUGUGCGCAGUUGUGCGCCUUAGGAUACCAGGCUUAACCCAUGGCAGAUGUCAAACGAAACGGCAAACGUGGACACAACAAGCUGCUGCAUAUAGUACGGUCAAUUUGUGA